GAUCAACAGAGAUGGCAGGAUCACAAACAGAAGGACUGUGGGAAAACACAGGCACAUAUGAAUGAAUUAAGAGCUGCUGGCAACACCUCACUGCUGAACAUAGCAAUCCAGCAAAACUUCAUCAAAUACUUCCUCCAGCACACAACAUGGCGAUUCUAGCACUGGAGUUGAUGGGUUUCUUUUUUGGCCUCAUCGGCAUGCUUGGGACCCUGGUAGCCACUCUUCUCCCCUACUGGGCAACAUCUGCACACGUUGGCCCCAAUAUUGUGACCGCAGUUGUCAGCAUGAAGGGUCUGUGGAUGGAGUGCGUUUACCAGAGCACUGGUGCCUUCCAAUGCGAGACCUACAACACCCUCCUGGGACUAACCGUUGACCUGCAAGCGGCCCGGGCAAUGAUGGUCAUGUCCUCCAUCUUCUCCGUCAUGGCCUGCGCUGUUUCCACCGUUGGCAUGCAGUGCACCGUCUGCAUGGACGGAUCUUCAGUCAAGACCAAGGUAGCUGGAGUUGGCGGCUCCAUGUUCCUCCUGGCCGGGCUUUUAUCGUUGAUUCCCAUUGCCUGGAAGACCCACGAAGUGGUGCAGACCUUCUACAUGCCCAACAUGCCAGCCAGUCUUAAAUUUGAGAUUGGCGAUUGUCUGUAUGUAGGUUUAGCUUCUUCGCUUUUGUCCAUGCUUGGUGGCGGACUAUUGAGUGCAUCCUGUUGCGACGACAUAGACGGAAACAGGGGAUCCAGACGCCAUUAUCCCUAUCCAGAGCGGAACGCCUUGCGUGGGCCGUCCCAUUCAAUGACCUACCAGCCAGCCGCUCUUCAUUCAACCACAAACCCCAACAUUACCAAUAAGACGCAGACUCUUAAUAGUCACACAAGCUCCAGUCCCCACUCCAUUCAAGCCCAGGAUUCAAGGAAAAUGGCUCGGCAAAACACUGCGGCUGGCUAUGAUGUCACCGGCUACGUUUGAAGAUUUGUGCCGGCCUGUGCAGUUGGGUUUUACAUAAAGAGAUUAAUACUUGGAUUGCUGAAAGGCUCAGAGAAUGGACACACUGGCAGAGCAUGAGGAAGGGUGUGUGUGAAGGUGUCUAUGAGGUGCGUUUGGCUUCUUUUUUGCAUGAUUGUUCUUUUUUAAGAGUUUCAAAAUGAAAACAAAAUAGCAAUAUGAUUUUAUUGACUGUAUGAAUUGAAAGCCGUAUGUAAACAUGCAAGUUAAUAUUUUAGUUGUCGUAUAACAAGAACCGUGUCAGUUAGCCUUCUUAAAGGGAUAGUUGAUACAAAAAAAAAAUUUGCAGCUAAUUUACCUUACCUUUAGGUGUAGCUUUUGUUGAUUUUGAAAGAAAUACUAUGCUUAGAAAAGCAUGGUUCUUGGUUAUUCGUAAAUUGCAAGUCGAGUUGCACUUUAAAGUAAAAAAUAUAUUAAUAGGGAAAACAAAAUGAAUACCUGAGGUACUAAAUAAAUAAUUAACCUGUGCUAUCUGUUAAUAUCUGAUACACUAAUGUCCUGUGAAGUGAAAUGAUCAGUUUGUGCAGCAAACUGAACAUCAUUUACACCACAGUUUUGGCUAAAAUUUUUAUUUAAUGUGCUGCUGAAGAAAAACGUCACCCAUUAUAUUGUCCUAAAGGUGAGUGAAUUACAGGCAAGAGUGAACUAUCCCUUUAAGAACACUUUUUAUAUUCAAAUGGUUGUUUUUUAUGACAUUUAAAUACAUUGGAUUUAUAUGAUUAUAAUAGCAGUCUGUUUCAUAGCACCUACUGUAUAUGCAUGUAUAUGGAUGAUAUUAACCCUGUAAAUAAAAAUUUGAGUUGUUUACUAGUCUCUGGCUUUGAUCUCGUCACAUACAUCUCAUUUGUUUUUGUCCCUCUGAACUCAGCAGACACAGUAAACAUGCAUAUAUAGAAAGGUCAAGGAGACUCACAGCUAAAAAAACACUGUUCUGUUUCCUUCUUUGAACACACGGUCAUAAAUAUGCAAUGAUGUAGGUUAUUAUGCACACAUCUGCGUAAUUUGAGGUAAAAAUA